AUCUCCUUUCCCUCCUCAGGGUGUUGCAGGAACCUGCACCCAGAGCCUCUUGACACCAGCAUGGCCGGCCUUGAGGACAACACUCUGCGCAUCGUUCUGGUGGGAAAAACCGGAAGUGGGAAAAGUGCGACAGGAAACGCCAUCCUUGGGGAUAAGAUAUUUACUUCUAGUAUUGAUUCCAAGUCUGUUACCGAGGACUGUCAGAAAGGAGGGGGGUCCUGGGAGGGGAGGAAGCUUCUUGUUGUGGACACCCCAGGGCUCUUUGACACCAAGGAGAAACUGUGGAGCACCUGUAAGAAAAUCAGUCAGUGUGUCCUCUACUCCAGCCCCGGGCCUCACGCCAUCAUCCUGGUUGUAAGGCUGGGCCGCCUCACGGAGGAGGAGCGCAAAACACUUGAAUUGAUCAAGUUCAUCUUUGGGGAGCCCGCCAUGAAGCACAUGAUUGUCUUGUUCACGUGCAAAGAUGACUUGGAUGGUCAGUAUCUCAGUACGUAUAUAGCCAAGGCAGACAAGGGCCUAAAAACCGUCAUCACAGAGUGUGAUUUAUGCGUCUGUGCCUUCAACAACAGAAGUAAAGACGAGGCUGAGAAGGAAGCUCAAGUGCAGGAGCUGGUGGAGCUGAUGGAGGCAAUGGUGCAGGAGAAUGGAGGGGCUCACUUUUCGGAUCCCAUCUACAAGUACACAGAGGAAAGAUGGGAACACAUGGGAAAGGAACUGAACAAAAUCUCUGCUGAACGAGCAGCUAAGGAAAAAAAGGUAAAAGAGAGAUAUGAUAGAAAAGAAAUAUCGAAGCAAGAAAUGGAGAAGCAGAUGGCGUCCAUAGAGAAGGAAUAUGAAAUCAAAAUGAGAACCGCUAAGGAAAAAGGUGAAGGAAAUAUACUGAAAAGUAUUUUCCAAUGGAUUUUAGAAAAGUUUUCAAAUAAAUGGCGUGAGUUCUGGGAGUGACCCGAAUUUUAUUUUUUUUCUUAAUUUACUCUGAUUUGUCAGUGUGGUAGAUUGUAUUUUCCAGAGAUGGCUACAGCAAUACCCUCCAUCCCAGCUCUGCAUCUUGUACCCUGUGCUGUUGCUCCUUCUGUUGGGUGAUGGGGACUCUCUUCCCAGUCCUUGGAAUUCCAUGGACUCUGACUGCUUUGACCAGUAGUGGCUGGUCUGACUUCUAAGUUAGACGGGGACAGUCCUGCCUUGUUCUCGGGGGUACAUGCCCUCAGAAGGUUGCCCUCGUGCUGUGAGGGAGCCCACGUUGCCCAUCAAGAGGCCCCAGGAAGAGGACCGGAAUCCUGGCCCCAUCCCCUGCCUGCUCUCCCAUCUGUCAGCAGAACCACCUGGCCACCGUGCAAGUGUGGCCACAGGGCGGUGGGCUCUCCAGCUGCCAGCAGAGCCGCGUCAGGGGAAACCGCAGACAGCAAAGCUGGGCCAUCCCCACUGCGUCCUGCCCAGUUCGUAGAUUCAUGAGAAAAAUAAAUGAUGUUGUUUGAAACCACUAA